UAUUAUUGUCAUGUAGUAGAUGUUAAAUUAAUUUCAGUGAGUUUCUGAGUUUUGAGUCCAGUCCAGCGGCUCCAGUCCGGGCUCCUCUGGCUCCGCUCUGCACACAGGCUCCAGUCCGGGAUUCGCGGGCUGCCGGCGGCAGAGGCUAAUGCUAAGGCUAGUUCAAAACUGCCCCGCUAACCGUUACCGUUUCCCCCACGGUUUUCCCGUUUUAGCGCGGAUCCGUGAAUGCCCCUGUCGGCUCCCGCGUCUGAACCGCUUUACCCCCGUACCAGUACCGCCCUGCUCCCCAUAAACCCGCGUUUAGCCCGCACGUCUCCGGAGAACCAGCGCAGGCUCGACCCGCCGCCUGCUGCACAUUAAGCUCAUCCAAAAUGGCGGACACGGAGGAUGACAGCGGUUCGACCAGAACAAUACCAGCCGCCGACCCGCUCCAGAACCCGGCCGAACUGACCAGCGCUCCCGGGAAUAGUCCUCCGGCGGCGGACCCGACUCCCGAGCCGAAGGACGGCGCUCCAGGCGCUCAGCGGAGCGCAGAACCAGGCCACAGCGGCACCACGGCCGUGGAGGAACCGCCAGCUCAACCCGAUCCGCAGAGCUCCGAGCCCGGGGACAGUUCGGAAGCAGUGGCCGCGGUGCCCGACGCCCAGCCCGGAGAGAGCUUCCAGGUGAUGUCUGUUCCAGAACAGACCCUCCAGACCACAGAUCAGAACCAGACAAUCACAGUCCUGGAUUCUGGAGAGCUGCUCUUGGGGUCAGAGUUUGCCAACACCACCAUCCUGUAUGUCCAAUCAGACGGCAGCCUGGUAGAAGGGGCGGGACUCACGGCGGAGGAGCAGCGACUGAUCCUGGAACAGCUCUCCAAGCAGACUGUAGUACAGGUGUCAGAUCAAGAGGCUGCAGCUUUACUCCAGGGAGCUGUGGUCCAGAGCCCGGUCCAGACCCAGACAGAGACCCAGGUACAGACCCAGGUCCCGACUCAGGUCCAGGCCCAGGUCUUGACCACAGCCUCACCAGGACAGCCUCAGGUGCAGACCCAAGUCCAGACACAGAGCCCUGGACUGGACCCAGGUCAGCUCCAGCAGGUGCUGAACCAGGUGUCCAAAGCCCAGGUCCAGUCCGGUCCAGUUCAGAUCCAGGUGGUGUCUCAGAGUGGACUCACCGGAGCCUCACAACAGCUGAAGACUGUAGCUCAGCAUGUGGCCAAACAGAGCCCCAAAGCCACCCUGCUGCAGACCCAGACUAAACCAGGACUAACCCAGGUCAGACCAGUACUCACCCAGACUAAACCAGGUCUAACUCAGGCCAAACCAGUCCAGAUGCAGACCAUCAGCCCCAAACCUGCAGUCACCAAAACCCUGAGCCCCCCGAGUCUCCUCCAGAAGAGCACUCCAGUGCAACUGCUGCAGAAGAAGCCUGAGCCAGUCAGGAUCCAGAUCCAGGUCCCGUCCAAAGGAGACUCGUCGGCUCAGAUCUCCAGGCCACAGUUGCUCACGCUGCAGUCUGUAGUGGGCCAAUCCGUGGUGGGCCAGUCUGUGGCAGGGCAGUCGGGGCCCAUCUUCCUGCAGCAGAGUCCUAUGGAGCCACUGCAGAUACUUGUCCCUGUGGUCUCCCCCAAAACUGUGUCCUCCUCUCCCAUCCGAGUCCAGGUCCAGACUCCCCCUAGACCCACCAUUAAGGUCCAGAGUCCCGCUCGGACCGCCACCAUAACCACCAUCACCCCGGCAACCGGCACCACCAUCACCACCAAGACCACGCCCAAACCCCUCACAGCCCCCACCCCCCUGAUCAGAGUCCAUGCGCCACUAAAGACUGCCGCCCCCCUCAGCUCACCGCAGAACACCAAAACUGUCAUCACCAAAACUAUAGUCCAGAACUCUGCUCCCAAAAGUCCCAGUGUGAACCAGAACUCUGCCCUCAAACCCACACAGACCCUCCAGAGCCAGGUUUCUGGUACUGCUCCCAAACCUGACUCAGAGUCCAGACCAGAGUCCAGACCAGAGUCCAAACCAGACCAGAGCGCCUCUGCAGACAACCAGGAGCUCAAACCCAAAAAGCUCAAGAAGAAAGAGAAAAAGGCCAUCAAAAUCCAGACUAGGUCAGGACGAGUCUCCAGACCUCCCAAGUAUAAGGCGAAGGAUUACAAGUUCAUAAAGACAGAGGACCUGGCAGACUCACAUCAGUCGGACUCUGACGAUUACUCAGACAUGAGCGAGGAGGAGGAGGGACGCACUGCAGCCCCACUCCCCUCUGGACACGCCCCCUCAGGCCCCGCCCCCUCAGAAGACUCAGACUCUGUGGUCUGGUACAGCCUCAAGUCUAGGUCUUUCCAGUGCCAGAGCUGUGACAAGGCUUAUAUCGGAGUGGGAGGGCUCAAUCGCCACUACAGAUUGAACCCGACUCACGGAGACCCCAUCACACCUGAGGACACAGGAGAGAAGGCCCCGCCCACAGGAGACAACGGCCAAUCAGAGGAGCCCAAGACCUCAGGAGACCACAGCCAAUCACAGCAGCCCAAAGCAUUGUCGCCGGGUGGAGACGACAGUGAGGACGAUGAUGAGGAGGAGGAAGAGGAAGAGGAUGAGGAGGAAGACGAGGAGGAUGCCCCACCCCUAAGAGGGGGCAUGCACAGAGGUCCAGGGCGUCCAAGGGGGCGUGGCCGAGGCCGUGGCCGAGGGAGGGGCCGUGGGCGGGGGCGAGGAUUCGGCAUCAGUAAGGUGUCAGGUCUGGGUCGGGGCCGUAGGGGGCGUCCUCCUAAACUGAGCUACAGUGCAGAAGAAGAAGCAGACCGGAGAAAAGACCGCCUCCAAGAGAUGGUGGAUCAGUGUGAGGAUGAAGACCUCAUGGACAUAGUUCUUCCGCGUCUCUCCAAAGUCAUGAGUCUGUGGGAGCUGCUGCUCGCCAAGGUGGAACGUGGAGGGUCUCGCCCUUCGUUUCCGGACAUUUACCGAGAGUUUGAGUCUCUUCAGACGCAGGUCCGACAGGCGGCUCAGGAUUACAUCACCAACCCCCCAUCCGCUGCCGCCACACCCACUGCCACCGCACCCACACCGCUGGAAGUCAGGAACAUUGAGGUGGCUCGGUGUCUGGGGAUCCUGGACGAGGUGAACCGAAUGAAGGUCGUCCCUGGAACCUCCUCCACCAAGAACGUGCGCUACAUGGAGAACUCAAAGAUGCUUCCUCCGUCAAAGCGUUUUAAGAUGGAGAACAGUGUGGUGCAUCAGAAUGGCCUGGAGUCUCCAAAGACAGAUCCUGUGAGUCCCCUGAAGACCUCUGUCCCAGUGAGUUCUCUGCCUCAGGAGCUCCGCCCCCCAGCACCAGAGCCCAGUGCAAUGGAAGUGGACGUGCUCUUGUCCAAUCAGGAGGCAGAUCCCUGUGACAUCACUGCACAAAUGAACGAACUGGAGGAAGCACUCAAGUCCCCACCCCCUUCUACAGACGCCCUGCCCCCUGUUACUGUGCCAUGCGACCGAUCCUCAGACAUGCCCACGACAGAAGCCCCGCCCCCAGCGCCAUGUGAGGCCACAAUACCAGACCCCACGCCCUCCUCGGCAACUCCCGCCCCCCCAGCAGCAGAGACUGCACCCCCCGCAGCAGAGACUGGCUCGGUGUAAAGUUUUAGGAGUUUUUUAAACGUUUGUAGGUUUUUUUUUCUCUUCUCGAGGAAACGGACAGGACUCGGACGCUUGGGUUUGUUCAUCGUUUCAUGUUCCUCCAAUAAACUCUUCACCAUCAAAUGUGUUUUUAAAUUUGUUAAAAUCCGUUUGUACAAAGGAAAUAAAAGAGAAGGCUUGUCUCGUU